AAAAUGUUACGUUCACUCAAUUUCAUUAAGAUCAGAAAAUUAAAGCCAUGGAAGUAGUGACUCUGCUGUUUCUGCUCGGUACUGCAGGAUAUGUCCAUGCAGACUGCUAUCCCGGUGAUACUGCCUACACUGCAAUCAUUCAAAAUGUAUACCAUGGAGUUACAUCAGACAACAUAGUGCUGAGCGGAACUGAUCAACUCCCAGGAACGAUAAACAGAAAACAGCUGUGCGAUAGGCUCACAUCUCAUCACAAUAAUGGAAUAAACACUGGAAUGGCAAAAACAAACCAAGACUUUCUUGGAAAUGGCUACAUUUCGUCCUCUCAAUGUCAAAAUGCUCUCACCUACACUCAAGGCUACAACAGCAUCACUGGCUGGCAGCGAUGGGAUGGUUACCAUAGCGGCAAGUGGUAUAAUACAGUCAAUGGAGGUGAUAAUGAUGGUGCCCAAUGGAAUGCUCCAUAUUCAACAUCAGACGCAAACCAUGUGUAUGCUGUACAGUCAGUACGAUUCGAUUCUGCAUAUCACAUAAAUAACUGCCACACCAAGUAUUCUGGAGUCACCUGUCGCUAUGGAUGGAUUCAAUCUGGAACUGGGGUGCAGUAUGUGUGGGGAUGGAACCCAAAGGAUGACCAUUGCCAGAAUGGACAUAGAGGUGCAGUUGUGGGUUUCACUUUCACUGUUGGACAGAGCCAAUAUUGCAUUGUGUGGGUGACCGAAGAGGAGGCCUUCCUGGAGUGUGUCAAGAAUGGCUGCAGGACCAGCACCACCAGCGGUGCUCUAGCCUCAGAGGGAUAUGGUCAGUGGAAUAUCGGUGUGCCGCCACCAGUGGUGCUCCAGCCUCAGAGGAUCCGGAAUUCUAACACUGUGUACUAAAAUAAUGUAGAUAUAUAGUUAGCUGUCAUGCUUUACAAUCUACAAAAUGACUGGGUAUACGUAGAUCUCUAUAUAGAUUGUUUUUUUUAGUUUAGAAAAAACAUUAUAAUUGAUAAUUACACGUCUGUCUCUUAGUUAUUAUAGUGGACGAACAGUACAAAAAAUAAACAGUUAUCAUUUCUUUGUGUCAGCUGAUUUUUUUUUGUUUUUCUCUCAUGAUGUCAGCGUCACGUUCCUUCCUUGAAUCCAGCCCCUGCGCCUUGUUGCCACCCUCUGUGCUUGCCUUGCCCUUGCCCAGGGCUGCCUGCUUCUUGGCAUUCCUGGCUCUUGCCAACUCUCUCUGGUUGCC